UCUCGUACAGAUCGAGAAUUGAGAGACCACAAUAUUGCUCUUUGUUGUAAAUAAACAAUAUUGAUGGUUAUCAACUGUACCUUGCCUAUUUUGCUUUGGGUAACAUUGUCAUCCUGGUAAUUCUGUUAAUUUGUGAAUAAUUACUACAGAUAUGAAGAUUCAGAUGGAGGGUUUUCAAAAGCUUCAAGAUGAUCUGGAGAAAGUCAUUGAAAAAGAAGACUCGAACAGUUCAAUCACAACAGACUCGGAUGAAAAGAUGGAGUUUCGAAAUAUGCGGGAACGUCUAGUCUACAUACUUCACACAAACAAGUUUAACAUUAUCGUUGUUGCCCUGGUGGUUCUUGAUUCCCUCCUGGUGAUUGCGGAGCUCCUCCUUGACAUGAAUAUCAUUCAAGUUUCUGAGCACAAGGAGGGAAGUGAUCUGGCUCCUAAAAUCUUGCACUACUCUAGUCUUGCCAUACUAAGUGUGUUCAUCGUAGAGAUUUUUGUCAAAAUUUAUGCUUAUAGAUUGAGUUUUUUUAGCCAUAAGAUGGAGUUGUUUGAUGCGUUUGUGGUGGUGGUGUCUUUUGUGCUCGAUAUUAUCUUCCGCAACAAGGAGGGACCUGAAAGUGGCGCUGGACUCUUAGUUGUUCUGCGACUGUGGAGAGUGACUAGGAUAUUAAAUGGCAUUGUUGUGUCAGUUAAAAAACAAGCAGAAAAGAAAAUUCAGAGAGAGAAACGAUUACGCCUGGCAUGUGAAAAAGAACUGGCUAAAUACAGAGAAUACUGUACUACACAGGAACAAGAGAUAGAACUGUUAAAAGGCCUGCUUGUCAAACAUGGAAUAGACCUAAACAGAUCACAGACUCAGCGUCCUGUCGUCAGUAAAAUUGAUGUGAUAGCAGACAUCAAUCAAGUGGAUGAGAAAGAGAAAGCCCCACCUCCUCCAGAGACUCUUCCUAAACAGGAGCACUCAGACACGCCCCCUUCAAAUUAGAUCCUAAUUGUGCAAAAAAGAUUAUUAUUGUAUUUUUGUGAAAUCUGUAUACAAAUUUUUUCUAUGGCAUUGUUCUGUCCAGUGUUAUCCUAUGUGUUAGUAAAUGUGUCCAGUAUUGAAUAUAUUGGUACAAGCACUCAUUAUUAAAAAAAAAUCACUAGUUUUUCUUAAGUAACAUAGGUGCCACAAUUAAACAAAAUGAAUAAGAUGAUAUUUAUCUGCUUUACAUUUUUUUUAUCAGUGCCACAUUCAAAUUUUUUUGGUAUUUUUUGUAAGUUGUGCACAAAGUUCAAUGCAGCCUACACCCUCCAUUUAUUUUGUAUUUUGAAACAAUCUAUCCACCCUGUGAAAGCUUGAUAUAUUUGAGCUAUCCCCAAUCAUGUAUCCUUUUAUUGUUUCUCGAACAUUGACAAAGUGCAAUAGAUAUUGAUGGUUGUUAAUUCAUUAAAUGUUAUCAUUUAAAGUAUCCAGUUUGGCAUAACAUCCCCUUCAAGGGAAAAUGUCAAGCAAACAUUUAUUGGUCAAACUUUAUUGCAGAAUACUAAUCAAUAAUAGUUUGUGGUAUAUAGAAGGUUUUAUUUCAGUACAUAAUGAUAAUUAAUGUGCUUAUUGGAAUUUAUCAUAAGGUCAAGGCGAGUAUGGAAAUGUAUCGCAUGCUACUGCAAACAUUCCACAUUUACUGUUAAUGGUGCAUCUCAUUUACCAUGUACAGAUGUACAUAUCCCUGUCCCUGCUAAUCACAUAAACAUGCAUGUUGUCCUUUUAUAUUGCAAUACAUUGCCUCUUUCAUGAUUCCAUUUGCUGCUUCAAUUGUGACUCCCCCUUCAGUUGCCACAGAUAAAACUGAUCUUUUAAUAUCUUAGUAGAUUCUCAUUAUCCUUGAAUUCUCUUUUGAAGCUUCAAAAUGUUGAUUAAUAUUAAGUUUAUAUGUUGAUGAGAUUAAAGAAUGCUUUCAUUUUAAAUAUGUUUUUGCAAGAAUAAAAAUGUGCUCAUGAAACAAAUAAAAUAGGCAAGUUUAUUUUUUAUUUAACUAGUGCCUUUGUGAAUCUUAGUUUUAACUAAAGUCUGCAGUGCAUAUUUUUGAAUUGUUUAUCACAAGAGUCCUAUUUAUUUUGUGUUGUGUUUUGAUGUUAACAGCUUCUAGAUCUGUGAUGUACACUUAGUGUAACUGUUGUUGGGAUAUACAUGUACAUUUUGUGUUUGUAAUUAAUUUGAAGCCUGCCAUAUUUAGUUUACUUCUUUUAUUUAGAUUUGCUGUUGUCAGAUAAUCAGUUUAAACAGCUAUAUUUUAUUUAGUCAUAGUUUUUGUCUGACUCCCCCCCCCCCCCCUCAGCAUAAAUAUAUAUUGGACCACUCUUCCUGCUAUGAUGUCCUUUUCUGAUAUCCAUUGUAUCUGCCCACAUUUCCAACAGAAAGUCCUUGAUUAUUAUUAAUUUUUUUUAAUGUACAUGUACUUAAUGUCACAUUAUGUGUGACUCACUUGUAUGUUGAAAUACUACAUCUUCGCUAGCAAAGGGUUUCCGAUCCGAAAUCGUUGUAGAGUAGAUUUCGGAUCAGAAACCUUUGGCUAGCGAAGAUUAAAUACUAUAGAAUCAUGGUUCUUCCACCACUGUUUAUGAAACUUCCUUUAAAAUAAAUUAUUUUCUAGCAAUUUCAUUCAAAAAUCAAAGUGAUAAGACUUGUUUUUUUAUGCUAACUAUUAAAAGAAUCUUAAUAUUUCUAAAUAUGUAUCAACUAAAAACAUUUGGAAUCGUACUUCAUCUAUGUUCUAGAUCCUGCCAGCCAUUUAUUAAAUAUUUUGAGCCUUUCUUUUGAUAUGGACGACCUUUGGCCUACUUAUUUGAAAAUGAUCAAGGUUAGUGUAGGAAUAUCCACAUUUCCUAUGUUGGUAAAUGCUUGUUUUGAAGUAAAACCUCUCCUCAGUACUCAUCUGAUAAUAUAUGGUAUAGAUUGAAAUGUUUACUUACUUUCUUUUUUAAACAAUAUGCACCACCUCUUUGAUGGGGGCAUGGAAUUAUUUCUCGGUUACCUCAAUUUUCAAUUGCAUUUAAUAACAAAGUACUUUUUAUGAAACUGAGAUUGAUAUAUCUUUUGUAUUGUAAUUUUAUUUAGAGAAAAUGCAUAUUUACAGCAAGUUUUGUAUUAAAUUGUGCCCUUUUUUUGACAGAGAUAUGUUCAUGAGAUAUACAUGUUAAAUGUCAAUUUUUGUGUUACAAUAAUUAUAUAUAGAAGUUUUGAAAGC